UUACAGAAAAAAAAUUUAAUGAGCAUCUUUACGAACCAUCAGGGGAGUUUCAUAACUUCUGCCGCAUGAGUUUCACAGAUUUUGAGUAUUUGCUAGACAAAAUUUCUCCUCUGAUUUCGAAACAAGAUACGGACUUCAGGGAAGCUAUACCAGCGAAAUAUCGUCUAGCAAUAACACUAAGGUUUAUCGCAAGUGGUGACAGUUAUAAAAGUUUACACUAUUUAUUCAAAGUGUCUCCCCAAGCAAUAUCAAAAAUUAUACCUGAAGUCUGCAAAGCAAUUAAUGCUGUUCUAAGAAAUGAAAUAAAGAUGCCAUCAACGGCUGAUGCUUGGAUGAAUAUAGAAAGAGGGUUUAGAAGAAAAUUUCCACACUGUCUUGGUUCCAUAGACGGCAAGCAUAUUAAUAUAGAAAGUCCACCUCAUAGCGGAACUGAAUAUUUAAAUUAUAAGAAAACGUUCAGCAUCGUUCUAUUGGCAUUAGUUGAUGCCCACUACAAAUUUAUAUUUGUUGACAUAGGAUGCCAAGGGAGGAUUAGCGAUGGUGGCGUCUUUAAUAAUUCAUUACUGUGGAAAAAAAUCUGUAAAAAUGAAAUUGAUUUUCCUAUACCAUGCCCACUUCCUGGAUCGGACGUUAACGUUCCAUACGUUUUCAUAGGAGAUGGUGCUUUUGCAUUGAGCAUGCAUGUUAUGAAACCCUACCCAGGACAGCAUAACAUCGGUUCACCAAAAAGAAUAUUCAAUCAAUGUCUAUCUAGAGCUCGGGUAGUAGUCGAAAACACAUUUGGAGUUUUAGCCUCAGUGUUUCGUAUUUACCUUCGUCCAAUUUAUUUAGACCCCAUUACUGUAUCAGAAAUAACAAUGACCUGUGUACUACUACAUAACUUCCUUCGAAAAAACUCCCCAGAGAGAUAUACCCCCCCAGGAACGUUUGAUACGAUUGACAGAAAUGGUGAAAUAAUAACACGUGGAUCUUGGCGAAAAUACGAAGAGGAAUAUAAUGCAAUUCAGAACAUGCCAAAUGUACCCCGUAGGUCACCUAUGCAUGCCAAACAGAUAAGGGAAGAAUUUACGUUAUAUUUUUGUAAUAGAUUUACUUAGCAUUCUACAUUAUUUAAAAACUAUCCCUCAACAUAGAAAGGAUAGGUAAUUAGUAAGUAGUAGGAUAAGUAAGUAGUAGUAGCAUUAAGUAAGUAGUAAGUAAUAUAAAAAGGAUAAGUAAGGUCACAGGAUGUAACAAAAAGGUGCCAAAAGGUCAUUCAAAUAUUAAAUUAACCUUUUUAAGUUUUACUGCACCUUUUUGAUACAGACUGUAUAGCUACAUUCUUGCAGCUCAGACAGAAGACUUAUUACGCUUUUUAUCUGAUUUGAGGUUAGAAACAUUUUUUGGA